GGGGGAAGGUCAUACAUUUGAGUGAUCGUUGUGUCCUCCUGAAUCUUGCUUGCGUACCGAAAUCGCCAGCCGGUAAGGUUUCAGCCAUAGAGCGAAGACUGUCUUCUCGAAGGACAGACACAUUUACCCGGUGGACUCGUGGUAAAUCAGCGAAGGCCGACACCGACACCGACCGCCCACUGCAUUCAUCCCACCUUGGCUGCCCCACCUUCAACCGAAACGUCACAGCCACUCAAAGCUUCAUUCACAGCAUUGAACUUUUUCCGCGCUGCUGUCAACAAUCCUCCUCUCUCAUCAAAAUCAUCCCACAAGCACCGCAAAGAUGGGUUACGACAAGGUAGACGAACUCGCCAUCAACACCAUCCGGACGUUGGCCGUCGAUGCCACGUUCAAGGCCAACUCCGGCCACCCUGGUGCGCCCAUGGGUAUGGCGCCGGUGGCGCACAUCCUCUUCAACAAGUUCAUGACCUUCAACCCCAAGAACCCGGAUUGGCUUAACAGGGAUCGAUUCGUUCUUUCCAACGGCCACGGCUGCAUGCUCCAGUAUGCCAUCCUGCACCUUUUCGGCUACGGAGUGAGCAUGGAGGACUUGAAGGCGUUCCGUCAAGUGGACAGCAUCUGCCCGGGUCAUCCGGAGGCGCACGACACACCCGGUAUCGAGGUGACGACGGGUCCGCUCGGCCAAGGCUUUAGCAACGCCGUCGGUCUUGCAGUGGCUCAAGCCCACACUGGGGCCGUCUUCAACAAGCCCGGUUUCGACUUGUGCACCAACUACACCUACUGCUUCUUCGGUGAUGGGUGUGCCAUGGAAGGUGUUGCCAGCGAAGCCGCCUCUGCUGCCGGUCAUUUGCAGCUCGGCAACCUGAUCUGCAUCUGGGACGACAACCACAUCUCCAUCGACGGCGACACCAAGUGUGCCUUCACCGAGGACGUCUCGAAGCGCUUCGAGGCCUACGGCUGGCACGUGCAGCACGUCAAGGAUGGCGACCACGAUUACGAGGGCAUUGAGGCUGCCAUCAAGAAGGCCCAGGAAGUCAAGGACAAGCCUUCCAUGAUCCAGCUUACCACCACCAUUGGCUUCGGCUCCAAACUCCAGGGCACCGGUGGCGUCCACGGCAACCCGCUGAAGGAGGAUGACUGCAAGCAGGUGAAGGAGAAGUUCGGCUUUGACCCCAACAAGAGCUUCGUCGUGCCGCAAGAGGUCUACGACAUGUACCACAAGCACGCUUCGGAAGGAGCUGCUGCCGAGCAAGAGUGGAACCAGCUGUUCGAGAAGUACCAGAGCGAGCACAAGGAGCUUGGCGCAGACCUUAAGCGCCGCCUCACAGGCAAGCUGCAAGAGGGCUGGCAAAACAAGCUUCCGGUCUACAAGACUUCGGACAAGGCUGUCGGCUCGCGCAAGCUUUCUGAGGCUGUGCUCGAAGCCAUCCACGACGUUGUGCCAGAGCUCAUCUCCGGCUCUGCCGACUUGACUGGCUCGAACAACACCCGAUGGAAGAGCGCCGUCGAUUUCCAACCGAAGAGCACCGGCAUCGGUGAGUACAGCGGUCGCUACAUGCGCUACGGUGUGCGUGAGCACGCCAUGGCGGCCAUGAUGAACGGCAUGUCCGCCUACGGCACCAUCAUCCCCGCCGGCGGUACCUUCCUGAACUUCGUCUCGUACGCUGCCGGCGCCGUCCGUCUCUCGUCGCUCUCCCACCAGCGCGUCAUCUACAUCGCCACCCACGACUCGAUCGGUCUCGGCGAAGACGGCCCAACUCACCAGCCUAUCGAGACCCUCGCCCACUUCCGCGCGCUGCCCAACAUGAUGGUCUGGCGUCCGGCCGAUGGCAACGAGACCUCCGCCGCCUACUACGUCGCUCUCACCUCGCAGAACACCCCAUCCAUCAUGGCACUCACCCGCCAGAACCUGCCGCAGCUCGAGGGCAGCACGAUCGAGCACGGUAUCAAGGGUGGCUACGUCUUACUCGAGAACAAGGACGCGAACAUCACGCUCGUCUCCACUGGCUCUGAAGUCGCGAUCUGCUUGGAGGCGGCCAAGUACCUCAAGGAGAACAACAACCUCCAGGCUCGUGUUGUCUCGAUGCCUUGCGUGGAAGUCUUCGAUGCGCAGUCGAAGGACUACAGGUUGUCUUGCAUUCCGGAUGGCAUCCCGGCUAUGUCGGUUGAGGUCAUGUCUACACUUGGAUGGGAGAAGUACUCGCAUGAGCAGUUCGGCCUGAACCGCUUUGGUGCUUCGGGUCCGUACUUGGACGUUUACAAGAAAUUCGAGUUCACGCCCGAAGGCAUCGCCAAGCGUGCUGCCGCCACCGUGGACUUCUACAAGGACGUCAAACCGCUGCGCUCGCCCAUCAACCGUGCCUUCUUGCAACUCAUCUAAGCUGCUGUAUGCGCACGGAGGAGGAUCAUGCGGGUGACCUCUGCGACAAAUAUGCUGCGUGUAUAGUGCGCUUGUGAUAGACGCGAUGAAACGACUGUUUAACGUCUCCGAUUCCCGCUUGUACAUUCAGUUGCAGUGAGUGCUCUAGACUUCGGCAAUUAUCGUUGUAUGCGAAGUCACCUGAGCUUCUCGGUCUUGCUACGGACAGCAACCGUCCGCUUGUCCUGCGGACGCAUAUUGCACAGUGAGUAUCCGAGCGGCUCUAUCACUGGUGCGCUCUCACCUAUGGAAGUGCAGAUCUUUCUCUGCCCAUCAGUCACAGCACGCAUUGCACAGACCGCCAGGUCGCUAAGCGUGUCAUAUGUGCUGCCAGUGGCUUUGAGGAGAAUCAAAGACUAGUGAUUAGAGUCCCUCUAAGAACCCGGUGAAUGCUC